CGGGCCCUGCGCGGCCAUGUCCAAGCGGCUGCGGAGCAGCGAGGUCUGCGCGGACUGCAGCGCUCCGGACCCGUGCUGGGCAUCCAUCAACCGGGGGGUCUUGAUCUGCGAUGAGUGCUGCAGCGUCCACCGGAGCCUGGGCCGCCACAUCUCCCAAGUCAAGCACCUCAAGCACACGCCGUGGCCCCCGACGUUGCUGCAGAUGGUGGAGACCUUGUACAAUAACGGCGCCAACUCCAUCUGGGAGCAUUCGUUGCUGGAUCCUGCAUCGGUCAUGAGCGGAAGGCGCAAAGCAAACCCCCAGGACAAAGUGCACCCUAACAAAGCAGAGUUCAUCCGAGCGAAAUACCAGAUGUUGGCCUUCGUUCAUCGCUUGCCAUGUCGGGACGACGACAGUGUCACCGCCAAAGACCUGAGUAAGCAACUGCAUUCCAGCGUGAGGACUGGGAACCUGGAGACGUGUUUGCGGCUGCUCUCUCUGGGAGCUCAGGCCAACUUUUUCAACCCGGAGAAAGGGAACACCCCGCUUCAUGUGGCUGCCAAAACCGGUCAGAUUUUACAAGCUGAGUUGCUGGCUGUGUACGGGGCGGAUCCUGGCACGCAAGACUCCAGCGGGAAGACUCCCGUUGACUAUGCAAAGCAAGGUGGGUAUCAUGAACUGGCAGAACGCCUGGUGGAAAUCCAGUACGAGCUGACUGACCGGCUGGCGUUCUACCUUUGUGGCCGAAGACCUGAUCACAAAAGUGGGCAGCAUUUCAUUAUACCUCAGAUGGCAGACAGCAGUUUAGAUUUGUCUGAACUCGCCAAAGCAGCAAAAAAGAAGCUUCAGUCGCUGAGCAACCACUUGUUCGAGGAGCUUGCCAUGGACGUCUAUGACGAGGUGGACAGGCGGGAGACAGACGCAGUUUGGCUUGCCACUCAGAACCACAGCACGCUGGUAACCGAGACGACGGUGGUCCCCUUUCUCCCAGUAAAUCCGGAGUAUUCCUCCACAAGGAACCAGGGGAGGCAGAAGCUGGCCCGCUUCAAUGCCCAUGAGUUCGCGACCCUCGUCAUCGACAUCCUGGGGGAUGCCAAGCGGAGGCAGCAGGGGAACCCUGUUCCGAGUUCCAAAGAAAACGUCGAACUCAUCCUGAAGUCGAUCAGCAGCCAGCACAGCACAGAGAGUCAGGAGAACGAUCAGCCCGACUAUGACAGCGUUGCGUCCGACGAGGAGGUGGAUCUCGGCAUGAGCGUGGCCAAGAUGGCUCGCCAAAAGAGCCUGGACUCGGACUUAUCCGAUGGGCCGGUCACGGCACAGGAAUACCUGCAGGUUAAAAAUGCCCUGGUGGCUUCGGAGGCGAAAAUCCAGCAGUUACUGAAGGUGAACGUCAACUUGAGCGAUGAGCUGAGGAUCAUGCAGAAGAAGCUUCAGACCCUGCAGAGUGAGAAUUCGACCCUCCGAAGGCAGGCCACGACCAGUGCCUACCAGGCUCAAACUAGUCCUGAAUACGUAGACCCCAGCAGCCACGCCUCCUUGAAGCGCCGGCCCUCUGCGCGUAGCAGCCGGCCCAUGUCGAUGUACGAGACGGGAUCGGGCCAGAAGCCCUACCUGCCCCUGGCCGAGGUCUCGUACCCCGAAGAGCACGUCACCGCGCGGCUGCAGCCUUUCCCGCCCCAUAUUGGGAGGAGUAGGCUGGUGACCACCACCUCUUCAUCCAUGCCCUCCUUCCCCUCCAUGCUUUCCUGGUCAAGAGACGAAAGCACACGAAGGGCCUCCAAACUGGACAAACAGAGCAGUGUGCCCGAGGGCGACUACGACAACACCAUCCCUGGGCUGGAGCUGGACGAGACGGGGCCCUCCAGGAAAGCUCGGCAGCGAAGCGCCCUCUGGCAUGGGGAAGGGCCCACCCCUGAGAGCAAGGACCCUGACGCCAGCCUGCCCAGUACAGAGGACGUCAUCCAGAAAACGGAGCAGAUCACCAAGAACAUCCAGGAGCUUCUCAGGGCAGCCCAGGAGAACAAACACGACAGUUACAUCCCCUGCUCGGAAAGAAUCCACGUGGCAGUGACGGAGAUGGCCGACCUCUUUUCAAAAAAACCCAAGUCCGAGCUGGUGCGGCCCUCCCUGCGCCUGCUGACUGCCAGUGCCUACCGCCUGCAUUCUGAGUGCAAGAAGGCGCUGCCUCCGGAGUCCUGCCCGACGGCCGACAUCCAGCUGGUCACCCAGCAGGUGAUCCAGUGCGCCUACGACAUUGCCAAGGCCGCCAAGCAGCUGGUCACCAUCACCACCAAAGAGAACAACAACUGAGGCAGGAGGCG